AUGCCAAUGAACACUGGAAGGAUGAAACAUCUUCAAGUAUUGACAAGGUUCUAUGUGGGAAAGCAAAAUAGGUUCAAUGUUUGGGAGUUAGAAAAUCUCAAUUAUCUUCUAGAUAGCCUUAAGAUUUCAAAGUUAGAUAACAUCAAUGAUCAAAUGGAUGCCGAGGACGCCAAUAUGAAGGAGAAGAAUUACUUGAAUGAAUUAAUUUUAAAAUGGAGUGGAAACAAUGAUGAUUCACAAAAUGAAAGGUCUGUUUUGGAGGUCUUUCAACCUCAUAGAAACUUAAAAGGUCUUGUUAUUAGAAACUAUUGUGGCACAAGAUUUGCGGACUGGAUGGGUGCUCCUUAUUUACUUAAUUUAGUAUCUCUUGAGUUGAUGACGUGUAAAUAUUGCUUUUGCUUACCACCAGUUGGGCAAGAGUUUUACGGGCAGAAUUUGUCAAUUGCUCCAUUUUUAUCCCUUAAAUAUUUGAAAAUUGAAGAUAUGUGGGAAUUGGAAGAAUGGAAGCAUUUUGAAGGUGAAUGUUUUCCUCGCCUUAAUGCAAUUUAUAUAAGAAGGUGUUCGAAACUUGAAUGGAUCUUUCUUUCUAAGAUGACCCAUCUGAAGUCACUUCAUGAAGACAUGCAUGCACAGCUCCCUUGUCUUCAUUCUUUAUGGCUAUAUGGCUGUCCACAGCUGCAAUUGGUUCCUCAAAGACGCUUUCCUUUAAGCCUUGUCAAAAUUACAAUAAAUGAUUAUCUGAAGCUCAUAGCUUCUCAUAUGAGCUGGGGUUUGCACAGGCUUCAUUCUCUACAAGACUUAUAUGUGGGUUGUCAUGAUUUUGAAAAUGCUAAGUCUUUUUUGGAAGAGUAA